AUGUACUGCCACAACCCACUGUACCUCUACUACCAACUGGAGCCCAACAACCCACUGAAGUGCAACAACCACCUCGCAUACACUGCGGCCCCAACAACCACUGAAGCUGCAACAACCACUGUAGCACCAACUACCACUCAGGCCCCAACAACCACUCAAUCUGCCACAACCACUGCCCCAACAACCACUGAAGCUGCAACAACCACUGUACCUCCAACUACCACUGAGGCCCCAACAACCACUGAAUCUGACACAAACACUGUGGCUCCCACUACCACUGAGGCCCAAACAACCACUGAAUCUGCCACAACCACUGUAGCUCCACUACCACUGCAGGCUCCAAAAACACUGAAUCUUGCCACAACCAAUGUAGCUCCCACUACCACUGAGGACCCCAACACACGAAUCUGCCACAACCACUGA